AUGGAUGCCUUCCACAAGUUGUUGGUGGCUUUGUUUGCUGCCUGCACUUGUUUUGCAACUCUCACAAAUGCCACAAUCCGUAAUCCCCCUCCUCCUCCUCCACCCCCUCCUCCUCCAAAGCCAUACAACUCUCCUCCUCCACCCACUGAUCUGCGAUCACCAUUUUCCCAGACUCUGUAUACGAAGGCCCCUCCAAAGCCUUUUUCUCCUCCUCAUCUAACUGACAAAGCCCCACUUCCACCUAUUCAUGAGAUGUUUCCUCCAAAACGAAUUACACUCAAUUCUUUCCCAAUCCACAGACCGUUCACUUCUCCUCAUCCUCCUCCUAAGCCACCAAAAACCCCAUUAUCCCCUACAAUCGAUUCUCUAUUUUAUUCUAUCCCAAUGCACACUCGACCCACAACUUCUCCUUCUUCCAAGACACAAAAAGCUCCAUUAUCCACACCGCCCAACUACAGACCUCCAACCCCACAUAUGGUAUUUAACCCUCAACCGCCUCAUUCUUUCCCUGCAAACCCACCUCGAACGCCACCUUCACCUACGGUAUUGAAGCCUCAACCUUUCCCACCUUUUCCUGAAGAUCCACCUCCACAGUCCAAAUCUCCAGUCUUCACACCACCUCCUCGUCGUUAUAAGCCUCCUCCUCCUUCAUAUUAG